CCCCCUUCUUCUCGCUGCCUUCGGAAGCAACGGCACCGGGCGCGCCGUCUCCUUGUGCGCGGGGCUUAUUGGGAAUUGUAGUCCGCGAUGUCCACUCGGGCACUUCUCGGGAGAACGGCCGAGGACUACAUUUCCCACUUACCUGAGCCGGAGGAAAACGGAGCUUUCUCGCCUGACUCUGCGGUGGCUGCGGCCUUGCGUUGAGGGAGGGAGAAGGGAAGGGGUGGGGGGCGGCCAGGCCCCGGCUGAGGCCCGGAGCUGGCGGGGGAGCAGCAGCCACAGCAGAGGCGGAUCGGGGGGGCUAUGGACCCCGCCGAGGCGGUGGUGCAGGAGAAGGCCCUCAAGUUCAUGCCCAGAAUACACAUGCCUAAAGAUGGAUUCCAACUUACAUCUUCUGGAUACCAAGCAUGGCUAAAGCAGUGCUCUAUGCCCCGGUCUCUGUGGCUGGGUUGCUCCAACCUGGCGGACAGCAUGCCCUCGCUGCGAUGCCUCUAUAACCCAGGGACUGGCGCACUCACAGCUUUCCAGAAUUCAUCUGAGAGAGAAGACUGUAACAAUGACGAGCCCCCCAGGAAGAUCAUUCCCGAGAAGAAUGCACUCAGGCAGACCUAUAAUAGCUGUGCCAGGCUCUGCAUCAACCAGGAAGCAGUUUGCUUAGGGAGCACUGCUAUGAAGACUGAAAACUGUGUGGCCAAAACAAAACUUGCCAAUGGCACUUCAAGCAUGAUUGUGCCAAAGCAAAGGAAGCUAUCUGCAAGCUAUGAAAAGGAAAAGGAGCUCUGUAUCAAGUAUUUUGAGCAGUGGUCAGAGUCUGACCAAGUGGAAUUUGUGGAACAUCUCAUCUCCCAGAUGUGUCAUUAUCAGCACGGGCACAUCAACUCAUACCUCAAACCUAUGUUACAGAGAGACUUCAUCACGGCACUACCAGCCCGCGGCCUGGAUCACAUCGCUGAGAAUAUCCUGUCGUACCUGGAUGCCAAGUCUUUGUGCGCUGUUGAGCUGGUGUGCAAGGAAUGGUACCGAGUGACAUCUGACGGCAUGCUUUGGAAGAAGCUGAUUGAGAGAAUGGUCCGGACAGACUCGCUGUGGAGGGGUUUGGCAGAGCGGAGAGGAUGGGGACAGUAUCUUUUUAAGAAUAAGCUGCCCGAUGGGAUAGCCCCUCCCAACUCCUUCUACAGAGCACUUUAUCCCAAAAUUAUACAGGAUAUAGAGACAAUAGAAUCAAACUGGCGGUGUGGAAGGCACAGUUUACAGCGAAUCCACUGCCGAAGUGAAACAAGCAAAGGGGUUUAUUGUUUACAAUAUGAUGAUCAGAAGAUAGUAAGUGGCCUCCGAGACAAUACCAUCAAGAUUUGGGACAAGAAUACGCUAGAAUGCAAGAGGGUUCUGACUGGACACACAGGGUCAGUCCUUUGCCUCCAGUACGAUGAGCGGGUGAUCAUCACUGGAUCAUCGGAUUCCACUGUCAGAGUGUGGGAUGUAAAUACGGGUGAGAUGCUGAACACCCUGAUCCAUCAUUGCGAAGCAGUACUGCACCUACGUUUUAAUAAUGGCAUGAUGGUGACAUGCUCCAAAGAUCGGUCCAUUGCCGUGUGGGACAUGGCCUCCCCAACAGACAUCACACUACGAAGGGUACUGGUUGGACACAGGGCAGCUGUCAAUGUGGUCGACUUUGAUGACAAAUACAUUGUAUCAGCAUCGGGGGACAGAACUAUUAAGGUCUGGAACACAAGUACCUGUGAGUUUGUGCGUACCUUGAAUGGCCACAAGCGAGGUAUUGCAUGUCUACAGUACAGAGACAGACUAGUAGUGAGUGGUUCAUCAGAUAAUACAAUCAGGUUAUGGGACAUUGAAUGUGGGGCAUGUUUGCGGGUUCUGGAAGGCCACGAAGAGCUGGUGAGAUGUAUUCGCUUCGAUACCAAGAGGAUAGUCAGCGGAGCCUAUGAUGGGAAAAUUAAGGUGUGGGAUCUAGUAGCUGCCCUGGACCCCCGUGCCCCUGCUGGAACCCUCUGCCUGCGUACUCUUGUGGAGCACUCCGGCAGAGUUUUCCGGCUCCAGUUUGACGAAUUUCAAAUAGUUAGCAGCUCGCAUGAUGACACCAUCCUCAUCUGGGACUUCCUGAAUGAUCCAGCUAACCAAGCAGAAUCUAACCGCUCCCCUUCCAGAACAUACACUUACAUCUCCAGAUAAAUAGCACUACACUGUACCUCACACUUGCACAGGACUCAUCUAAGCUGCGAUAUUUAAAUUACCUGCCAAUGCCAGGGCAAAAGAAUUAUCCACAUAACAGAUAUAACUGAAGAGAGAGGCUCUCAGACACACUUCUGGAACCAAGUCAGCAUGUGGUUGAUCUCGGACACGGUCUUCUCAGCACAGCUGACUGCUCAAGUGCUGCUAUAUCAGAAGAUUCCUUUUAUCUUUCCUGAAUGACUGAUGUGUUACACCUCCCCUCUUCACACUCUUCUCCCUCCCAUCUCCUCUCUUGUCCUGAGUGCAGAUGUCCUAUAAAUAUAUUUAACAUGUUGCCA